CCCCCAAUCACCAUAUUUUUCUUGAUUGUUAUCAACAGCCUCCACUACUAUGUUAUUCGUGAAGAAUGCGCUGAUCGCGACUACGUGCUGUCUGGCAAUAUCGGCUCAGGCAUUAUCCUUGCCCUCCUCUAUCGAUGGCCAGACCCUCUCUAUCGAAGGCCAGCCCCUGCCAGAUAAAUGGUUCCGAUUGAUUCUCGACGAGCCUGGCACCGAGCAGAAUCCUACAACAACAGACACCAACGUUGAGCUUGUGGAGCGCACCCCCAUCGAGACAUGCGCAUAUAUUUCGGCAGCCGCGGCCUGUUUGUCCAUAUCCAAAGACUUAUAUCAUUUUACCAAGACGCUUGGGGGCUCAAUCAAAGCUCUCUCUGAUCAGCAUAACUGUGCUCACAGUAGCGGCACCAUUGACAACAUUCGAUACGACUAUUACGCCUCAGGCCGCAAUUGUGACACUACUGCCCAAAUCAAUACCAUCGCUGGAGCCAUCUAUAAGUACAUCGACAAGAUUGAACACGGAAAGAUCUGUGGCACUCAAUGUGUGCGCUUAGACCAUCAUGGUACCUGGAACGGAUGGCUGAGAAUGGGCCAUGCCAGUUCCUACAAUGAUAAGGCUUAUUGUGGCCCCGGACUGAAUUUUGAUAGCUGCGUUUCUGGAGGUAACAAUGAUAUCUAA